ACACUCUCACGCACACCCGCCCACUCUCACGCACACCACAGGCAGCAGUAGAACAAACCCUGUGCCUGGAGCAGCAGGAACAAGAUGUCUGAUCCAAAAUCUGCAGCAAAGUCCAAAAUGGACAUAGGAAUGACUAUGAAGGAUGAGGAGAAGCUUUAUAAGAAAAAUGGGAUCCUCUACUCCACGAUCAUGAGCCCACCGGAGAACCUGGAUGCCCUAAAGGACAUGGAGGCCAGAGAGGAUGACAUCAUGCUGGUGGCUUAUCCCAAAUGUGGCUGUAACUGGAUGGAUGGAGUGUUGAGGAAAAUUAUCACUACAUGUGGAUACACUCUCCCUGAAGGGCCCUCGUUGAUCGAGUUCCACUCUCCAGACACACAGAAGAUUUUGUCCCAGAUGCAAUCACGGCGCCUUAUUGCGACUCAUUUGCACCCUGAUGACAUCCCUGUCUCAUUCAAGACCAAUAAAACAAAGAUGUUGGUGGUGUUUAGAAACCCCAAAGACACCGUCGUCUCUUAUUACCAUUUCAUGAACAAUAACCCGGUGCUGCCCAAAGCCGAGUCAUGGGACAAGUUCUUCUCCGACUUCAUGUCCGGUGAAGUGGCCUGGGGUUCAUAUUUUGACCACGCCUUGGGCUGGGAGAAACACAUGGAUGACCCUAAUGUGUUGAUCGUCACCUAUGAGGAACUAAAGGAGAACCUGCUUGAGGGUAUAAAGAAAGUCGCAGACUUUUUCAGCUUCACUUUGACGGAUGAACAGGUCCAAGGGAUUGCCGGAGAGAGCACAUUCAGUGCCAUGCAGUCUAGCUCGAAAACCUCUCAUGGAAAGUUUGGCAAGGUCUUUUUCCGGAAAGGUGAAGUAGGAGACUGGAAGAACCACUUCAGCGAGGAUCAGAGCAAGCAGAUGGAUGAAGAGUUCAAGAAGAAACUUGGAGGAACCAAACUGGGAGCCAAACUAAAAUACGAGCAGUACUGUCAGUCAUCUGAUAUAUAAAACGCUGUGAACUAGAACUUUUUUGUUUUUCCUCAUACAUAAAUAUGCAUUUACCUCAAAUAUGGAUGAUGAAAGUAUUUAACUGUAUUUCUAACUCCAGUUAUACUCUAGAUAGCUAAAAUCACAAUAACUCAGAGGUGGUCAUCAUCUCCAGACCACUUUAAUACUAUACAUACACCACAAUCCUGCUUUUUUUACCGUUGCUCCUCCCAUUCCAAGAUGGAUGACGGUGACAGAUGAAGCACGUUCAGAUCUCAGGCAUUACUUUCGACAUAUUCUACACGAAGAAUAUCGAAUCGGAUAAAACACACAGAAAAUAAAGAAAAAAGUUUGAAAAUGAAUAAUAACUGCUCUUGUUACACAUACAUUAGAUACGACAUACUUUAUUGUCAAUGCACAGACAUUUAGUAUGAUAUAAAUGUAUAUGAUCGUUUUUCUAUUGUUUUUAGACAUAAAAGAUUUAAAAAACCCUUUUCAGUGAUAUAUUUUGUGUGGCAUUUUCUGAUUAAUAAAAGGAAUAAAAUCUA